AUGAGAUUCUAAAAACUCAGAGAAAAGAUGAUUAAGAAUUUUUCAAGUGCAAAUAAUCCAAAGAUCAUACUAGAGCACUUUAUGGAAAAUUUAGCGAUGUAUCAAAUGAGUGGGCAAGAAUAAAUGGAGAGAUAUAGAGUUCAAGAUAAACCUGUUCCUGUUUUUAAGUUAUUAACUAAUGCUAAGGAUCUACUAAGAUAUUCUCCAAUUAGGGUAAAAGACUUAAAGAUAGAGUAAACUCAUUUUUCAAAGUACAUAGAACUUAAAAUCAAAGUGAGCACAUUUAAAGGGCAGGGUUUUCAUUUCAUAGCUUAGGAAUUAGAAGAGGUAAAAGAUGAAGAUGAAGAAAUUAAUCAGAUUGUAAGCUGUAGUAUCUACAAUAUGGAAAAUACCUACGAUGUUAGAAAUUUCUAAGAAGGAUAAAAAUUUGUUGUACUGGAUCCCUACUUUAGAUUUGGGAAUGAUUGCUCUCCUUUUGUCAAAAUUGAGGAUAAAUCUAAGCUUAUACUCCUUCAGAAAAACAAAUCUCUUAAAGAAUUAAUAAAAGGAGCAAUUCAGGAAAUGACACCAUUAGAUUUAAAAGACUACGGGAACAAGGCAUUUUAAUAGUCUGAUCCCCAAAGUGCAGUAUCUAUAUAUUCUCAUGGUAUAACCAAAGCUCGAAAUGCCUUGGAAUCUUAAUCAAAUAACUAGAUCCUCGUGGCACUCUAUGGGAAUAGAGCUCAAUGCUACUAGAAUCUCAAAUAAUUUGAGUUGAGUUUAAAGGAUUGUGAGGAUGCUCUGCAGCUAGACCCAACUAACUUGAAAAAUUAAUUUAGGAAAGCUAAAGCUCUAGGAUUUUUAGAUCAAGAAGAGGAGUCUCUCAAAUAAUUAUCAGAAUUAGAUGAAAACUAAUCGAAUCAAGAUAUUUAGGAAGCCAUCUAAGAAAUAAAGUAGAGAUUAAACUAAAAAUCUGGGAUCUACAAUUAUUCAAACUUGAUAAAGACUUAAGCAAUACUCAAAAACAAGAGCGAUGACUUUGUAAGAGAAUACAUUGGUCCAAUUUAAAUUGGGAUGAUAAAUAAUAAAAACAGAGGUGUAAUUGCUAAAAGUCAAAUAAAAAAAGGUCAAGUAAUAUUAGUGGAAAAAGCAUUUUCAACAAAUGAAUAGAGAUAGGAUCUCAAAUUUGAACUAGAAUAGACCUAUGUAUAUCUUGAUCAUCCAGGCAAUAUACCUCUUUUGAGAAAUACUCAAAUCUCAAUGUUAAGCGCUGUUAAAUCUAGUUAAUGGGUAAAAUAUCUUUACAAUGGCAGUAAUGGUGAUCUCUAAGUUGAUCUCAAUCUUAUUAAAUAAGUAGACACUGAUUGUAUUGAGGAUUACAAAAUUAGCUAUGAUGAGAUGACUUAAAUGGUUAAGUUAAACUAAGCAGAGUGCUGGCCGCUUAACAAAUACUUAGCUGAUUUAAAAAAUAUGAAGAAGAAAAGUUAUAAAGAGAGAGAUUUCGAUGGAAAAUUGAGCGCUAUUUGGCCAGUCUUUUCAUUUAUGAAUCAUGAUUGCUACAAUAACACCUAAAGAUUUUCAAUUGGAGAUGUGCUAUUUGUAGUGGCUAACAGAGAUAUUUCAGAAGGAGAGGAAAUUACUGUUUAAUAUGUUGCUAGAAAUCUCAGUUAGGCUGAAAGAGUUGAUCUAUUUUAAAAUGCUUGGAAAUUUACAUGCUAAUGCGAUUAAUGUCUAAAAUACUAAAAUAUACCAUAAAGCUUAAAGGAAAUUAUGAAAAUCCCUCACAAUAAGUCUUUAAACGAUUAACAAAAGAAUUAGAAAUCAUCAGAUAUGUUGGUAGGUUACCCAUUCGUUCUUUAGUAUGUUAUUGAAAAUGAUUUAAACAAGCACUUCCUAGCUGAGUUUCAUGCUAUGUAACAAGAGAUGCUAGCAAUCUACGGUCUGAGGAAAGAUGUUGAAAGCUUUAGUAAAACUUGGAAUUAUUUUAAGAUUCAUGCUGACAUUGAGGAUAUGUGCAUAAUUAAAAUGGUAUCUGAAAAAGCUUUUGGCAAAGAUUCAAAGAUUUACUAAGAGAUUUCAUAGAGUUAAAAAGAGUUAUUUAUGACAAUAUUUAACAAUGAUAAAGAGCUUUAUGAGAACUAUGGGUGA